GGCUCCUUGCACCAUCAGCGGCCAAUGUUGAGACAUCCUUUCUCCCGCCCGUUAAUUACCUGCUCUGGGAAUCUCUAGCAAAGUGCUGCUGAGAGCGGGAGCAAGCAACCAUCGCCCACCCCACACCGCCUAUCUGAGGGUUUAGGCUCACGAAGAUGGCUAACAGGGGUCCGAGCUAUGGCUUAAGCCGAGAGGUGCAGGAGAAGAUUGAGCAGAAGUAUGACGCGGACCUGGAGAACAAGCUGGUGGACUGGAUCAUCCUGCAGUGUGCUGAGGAUAUAGAACACCCGCCCCCGGGCAGGGCCCAUUUUCAGAAAUGGUUGAUGGACGGGACGGUCCUGUGCAAGCUGAUAAACAGUUUAUAUCCACCAGGACAAGAACCCAUCCCCAAGAUCUCAGAGUCAAAGAUGGCUUUUAAGCAGAUGGAGCAAAUCUCCCAGUUCCUGAAAGCUGCCGAGGUCUAUGGUGUCAGGACCACUGACAUUUUUCAAACAGUGGAUCUAUGGGAAGGGAAGGACAUGGCAGCUGUGCAGAGGACGCUGAUGGCUCUGGGCAGCGUUGCAGUUACCAAGGAUGACGGCUGCUACCGGGGAGAACCAUCCUGGUUUCACAGGAAAGCCCAGCAGAAUCGGAGAGGAUUUUCAGAGGAGCAACUUCGCCAGGGACAGAAUGUCAUAGGCCUGCAGAUGGGCAGCAACAAGGGUGCCUCCCAGGCAGGCAUGACGGGGUAUGGGAUGCCCAGGCAGAUCAUGUAAGAUGCUGUAUAGUGCCCCCUGGUAGAGAGGACGAAUGUUCCGCACCACAGUCCGUGACAAAGAAAUAGGUAGUCACCUUCUCACCUUCUUCUCUUUCUUGAAGCCUUCUGUCCCCUGUUCUUGCAAGUGCUGCAUUUCUGCUGAGAAUCCACGCUGCCUACUGCUGCCUACUGCUGCCACCUUGUGUUCCUUUAGAACUAUGCAAAGACUCCCCUUCCUCUCUCUGACCUCCUGUGCCCUAAGGUCUCAGUAUGUUUGAUUAUUUAUUUAUUUAUUUAUUUGCCAAAAAUUUCUUUCCUUAACUCACAGAACGUACCUAAUAAACAAAUUAGUCUGUG